AUGGGCGCCUAUCUCUAUGGGCGCCUAUCUCUAUGGGCGCCUAUCUCUAUGGGCGCCUAUCUCUAUGGGCGCCUAUCUCUAUGGGCGCCUAUCUCUAUGGGCGCCUAUCUCUAUGGGCGCCUAUCUCUAUGGGCGCCUAUCUCUAUGGGCGCCUAUCUCUAUGGGCGCCUAUCUCUAGGGGGGCCUAUCUCUAGGGGCUCCUAUCUUUAUGGGCGCCUAUCUCCAGGGGUGCCUAUCUCUAUGGGCGCCUCUGGGCGCCUAUCUCUAGGGGCCCCUAUCUCUAGGGGCGCCUAUCUCUAUAGGCGCCUAUCUCUAUGGGCGCCUAUCUCUAUGGGCGCCUAUCUCUAUGGGCGCCUAUCUCUAUGGGCGCCUAUCUCUAUGGGCGCCUAUCUCUAUGGGCGCCUAUCUCUAUGGGCGCCUAUCUCUAUGGGCGCCUAUCUCUAUGGGCGCCUAUCUCUAUGGGCGCCUAUCUCUAUGGGCGCCUAUCUCUAG